CUUGGAGACAAAGUAUGGCGGCUUGACUGACGAAAACAGAAACCUGAGGAAACAAUCAUAAUGCCUUCACUAGCCGAGGUACCUUCCUUCCUUCUUCCUUUUCAUUGCCUCUAGGAUGAUACAGUUAACGUUCUGCUUUUAUUUUCAGGGAAAGAAUUUCAAGCCGAAAGUGCUUGUUUGGUAAGAGCUUGUUUCCUAUGACACCCGAUGAAACACUGACCCAGCUGUUACCAAAAACAAAACCAGAAUGUCCUCACUUAAAAUGACCUAAAACGGACUCCGCGUAAUAACACAUUACCUUAAAUUAAUCUUCUUCUAAGUUCACGAAAUUUCCUGAUCAUUUUGUGCUUGCUUAUCGCUUCCUAACGAGAGAUGAACAAUUACAGUUGGACCUCUCCGUUAUGGACACCGAUGAGACAAAUUAUCUGUACAAAUUUGCAAACCAAUGGUUAUGCUUGUUUUUCCUUUUUAUGGAAAAACUUGGCUCUUAAAUACCUUCGGUAAUUUGAGGUUUAUGAACUCAUCUUCUAAUAAUGCAGUUUGCUGGUGUCUGUUAUUGUAGGACUGACUUAACUCUAGACAAUGUGGUAGACAUUCAAAGAAGUGAAACUCCAGAGGAUGUACAAAGGUUAGUUACAUGAGAAAUAAUAUGACAAACAAUUUUCAAUACAAAUGAACAAACAUUAUUAUUAUUAUUUCUAUAGUUACAAAUAAAGUACAGACAAAACCCGCAUAUAGUACAUGCUAGCAAUAACAAUAAUCUUACUAAAUCAAAAACAUUUACAGUGAACUGAGAUGAAUUAAUUAUAGAAACAUAAUUAUUGCAAAAAUAAACCAAAUGAAAAAAAAGAUUUCCACUGGCCAUAGAAUACUUAACUAACAGCUACUGUCACUACAAAAACUAAUUAAAAUAUGAAUUUAUUUUUAGUAAAGUAACCGAGAAUAAAUGACUAAAAGCAUCAGUAAGAACACAAGUGCUGGGUAAUUAGUGAGCCACUGCUGUGGACAGUAAGUCCAGGUCCAGAUGCAUACUCAACAGAAUGGUGUGUGAGAAGUUUAAAAUAAGCAAAAGAAAGAGCAUACUCUUAUAGCCUGUUGUAUGAAUUAUCUCUCCCCCUCCACCUCCCCACCUCAGAACUGUAAGCAUUAUCCAUGGAAAAGAGGGGAAACUGGGAAUCACCCACAACUUCAUAACUGUGAUGGUGUAUUCUGAUUGUUCGGGUUAGUGUAUAGUCUUGAGAAGGACUGUUGUUGGUAAUAAUUACUUUUACGUUUCAACAACCUGAGCAGAAGUCAUCAUCAGAGUCAAGUAAAUAGUUGUUGUCAGUCGAGUUUUCUUAGUCCAGUUCCUAUGAACUGAUUGGUCAGAUUUGCCUUGAUGUUAUUGGCUGUAAGACUCAGGUGGCGUGAGUCGGUCAUGAUAGGUCUGCUUUGAUUGUUUGGUAAAGUAAGGUGGUUCUAUUCAGUUUGUUUGUAAUGUUUAUGUUGUGAAUAAGUUGUGCAUAUGGUGGUGGUAGUGGAUCACACCUGUGGAGGGAAGUCUGUUUUGUGUUAGGACACCAGCUUUCCAGAGUCAGUUGUUGAAAGUAGUUAGUGCUGUAGGUUAAGCAUUGUACAGAGUCCCAGUCAAUAGUGUGGUUUGUAAGUUGAUGAUGAUCAGCAAUUCAAUUGUUGACAUCACCUUUCCUUGUUGCCCACUUGUGUUCAGUCAGUCUUGUUGUCUGGUUUUUGCCAGUCUUUCCAAUGUGGGAGGUGUGGCAGUCAGAGCAAUUGAUCUUAUCAACUGCUCCCUGUCUGUUUUUCAGUUUGUGCUUGUCAAAAGGGCAGUCACCAUUACUCACAUCAGUCCCUCUCAGGACUACACUCACCCAGACAAUCAGAAUACUCCAGCCAUCACAUGUUACCACUCAGAGUUCAAACCAUUUAUUGUAUAACUCUAGAAGUAGCAAAACAAGUUUUCUCCAACAGAAAUUAGUGGGACUUAACUACAGAGAAGUGCUCAAUUUUGCUAGCUAUUAACCUGUGCUUGAUUAUAUGUUAUUCCUUAUUCAACUAUUUGAUAUGAAAUGAAACUGAUCAAAGCAUUAAAAUAAGUUGAAGCCUUUCUUUUCAUUCUUAAGUCUAUUGGCAGAUAUCCUCCACCUAAAAGAUUGGAAAGAUGACCUCAGGCAGGGGAUCCUUGUGGAUCUUUAUUUUUAUACUGUGCAAUAUCCUUUUAUCACCUUAAAAAGGUAAAGUUUUCUUUUGUGCAUAAAGGGCUGCAUGGCACUCAUGGGGCCUAGCUUUCCUGAUUUCUCAGGCAUGUAAUGACAAGCUGAAGGAGUUUAUUGUACCCUCUUGGAUGGGAUUCAAGUUCAUCAAAAGUGACCUGACCUGGAGUUCAGUGCACCUUCCACAAGGCCAUUGUGUCUCCCAGCAAUUUAACCACCAAUAUCUAGAAUACAUAAGUCAGUCACAUUAAAUAAAGCUUCAGUUGAUAAUUUUGAACUGGCUUCAACAUAAAUUUUUUCCUUGACCAACAACUGUACAUUUGGUAAAGAAAAUGGAUUUACCGCAGAACAGAUGUCAGCAUGGUUCUCUAUUAUCAAGUGUGUUCACGAGAUGGCUGUUGGUGAGCAAAAUAUCUAUUUGAAAACAAGAACCAUUAAUUUUAUGUGAGGAAACUGUGAUAUUAAAACAUUUGUGUCCAAAUUUAUGUGGAAUCAUCUACAAAUCUUAAAAAAUUUAAUUUAUCAUUGACAUGUAAUAAAUUUUGCAUUUUAAUUGAAUGGAAGAGAUUUGAUUGAAUUCUCAACUUGAAAAUUAGCAAAAUUCUAUAAUCACUUGUCAAACUUGUUAUAUAUCUUUUUAACAAACUGAUUUAUCCCUACGAAAUGUAAUUUCGUAAGAAAAAUGAAAGAAGGGUGCAGACUGGACAACUACUAGAGAGAUUCUAUGGCAAAAAGGUUUCUUCUUUUUCUUCCAACCAGAAGGAGAAACUCAUAAUUCAUUGAGAAGUUCAUUUUGGUCAUGUGAUAGAGUAGAGUAUUAUUGAUGUCUUACAGAUACACCAUAUGGGAAUGUGGAACCAGUUUUUGAAUACUUUAAGGGACUUCUUCUUUGUCAUUCUGUCAAGGUGCUGUGGCAUAUUUUUUUAAAUUGUGGCUGACUGUUAGUGUUAUUAUUAUUAUUAUUAUUAUUUUUAUCAAAGACUUCUUCUAAUCUGUUGUUGUAAUUGUUAUUUGUCAUCAAUGAAAGCAGUGUUACAGUGCAGUUGAAGGAUUUAUCCUGUGGUUGACAUAUAAUAGCCAUUAUGUCAGGCAAUAGAGAACUUCUCCUUGUAGCCUAGUACACAUUUAACUGGCAGUUAGGAAACUUUGUUGUUUAUGCCUGUGGAGGUCAAGGCUGUUUUCUUCUUCAUGUAGCCAAUGUGUCAAUUGUUCUCAAUUCUCAAGUGUUGAAGGGGGGUUGUUCAGAUUUUAUUACAUUCCUGCACUCCUACAAUCACAUGCUUAAGUUAGGCCAUUCUGUGAUCAUUUCACUUUAGCUAUUAACAUAUGUUAGCUAAAGGAUGCUAAUGCUCCAAUCAUUAAACUUUUCCAGGCUGGACUUACUUAUAAAAUGUUCAAUUGCAUGAGCUCAGUAUCUGAGCGAAGAGGAAAAAAUUGAAAAAAACUGUAUUGCAGGCCUCCAUACUCCAUACAGAGCAAAGAAGGCUGUAAUAAAAUCCUGUACCACCAGUUGUGACAACAUUCCUGCUUGUAUGUGAACUGAAGGGGCUAUCUACAUACAUUUAUUUGAUAAGUGUCCGGCACUCACCUCAUUGUCUUGGCCAUAAACAGCAAAUGGAAGGGAAUAUAACUUUUAACAAUUUUCAAAAUAGGUGCUUGAGAAAACUUUACUUAUCUCUCUUAAAUACUUGAGAAAGCAGGAAGUUCACAGUCAGAUAGCAGAUAGAGCAUUACAAAUUGUUGGUUUCAUUUCAGCCUCACUUAGCCACUCCUUCACUCACUCCACAAUUGUGUGUUUGCAUGAUUCUAAACAAUCACCUUUUCUUGUGGCUUUUCAUUUUUGUCAACCUAUGUGCAUAGAUCUAUUUAAUUAAUUAUGGUAUACAACACUUUGCUUUAAAAAUAAAUGGCCAAUAAAAAUUUGUAAUUAUUUUUCUAAUUAAAGGUGUUAUGAACAGUCACAUUUAUUUUUAAUCAAUUUCUUCAUGUAACCUUUAGCCACAUGUUUGCGGUUUCGUUUGUACAGGACACACUUUGAUUUUGUGGCUUGAUUUUGAUUCAUCUGUUUUAUAUCAAAUUACUUGUAUAUAGUUUCUGAUGCUUCGAGACCAUCACAUAUAAUAAACGAAGUUCAAUCAAGGAUACAAGUUUUUCUUUUCUUUAUGACUUUACGACAAAAGGUUUUAAAAAACUUGCCUGAGGCCAACUGAUAUUCAGAGUUUUGAUUCAUUUUUAUAUCGAAAUCCAUCACAGAGACCACCCUACAGUGUUGCUCUUUUCUCAGUUGAUCAAGUGAAGAAGCUAACCACAUAUGCAGUCAACACGUAUGUCAAACUAGUUCUUACUUAACUCAGGUUGUGGCUGUGAUAAUAUUGUACAACUGUUUACACAAUGUGGCAUUACUUUUGUGAUGAACAAACAAUGUGGCUGAGGAGAUUUCCAUGAAGCUCCUUUAGUUCUACUUUUUAAAGGCCUAUGAUUCCAUAGAUUACAUAUAUUUUACUAGUCAAUUAAAGUAUUCUCAGAAGUACAUGUACACAUACAUUUGAGUGUGCUACCUCCCUUUUCUUUGAGGUCUGGAUCUGCCAAUGAAUGUUACUCUUUGUUCAUUGUUUGUUACUUUCUAUAAAACUGAAAAGUGAAGUAAGUACAGAUUUUCAAUUGUUGUGAAAAGAACUUCUUCGGUCAUAACCAUUCUAUGAUUUUUCAAUGCUUGUAUAAAUUAAAUGUUAAGAGUGUGCAGGUAAUUGAUAUUUUCUGAUUUUAUCAGGUACUUCAGGCAUUUUAAGAUGUACAAGUAUACAUUUACACCAAAGGUAUGUUCUCUGGUUAUUGAUGCAAAAAAAUGAAAUGUGGGAAAUACAAUUUUGGGGACAUUGAAAAUGAAAGAGAUCUUUGCAGUAACAAACAUUGCUUACACCAUAGUGAAAAUAAGGCCUGAAAAAAUUCAAGCCUGUACAGGAUUUGAACUCAUGACCUUUGCAGUACCAGUCCAGUGCUCUAGCAACUAAGCUAACAAACCAACUGGUAGCUCCCAGUUGGCUUGUUAUAUGAUUUACAUAUAUUCACAGUCUUUGGGGACAUUACCUUACAAAAGAGGAAUUUUAAUAGAAGUUGUGCUACAAAGUAAUUUCUUUAUAUUGAUAGGUUCGUCUUGACCUUAGUCUGAAAUACAUUGGAUUGCCAGAAACACCAGAACCUUCUGAAGGUAUACAAGCUGUUCUUUUUAUUACUUAUGCAACUCCUAGCCAGAACUGCCCACAAAACAAGCUUUGUAAGCUAAAAAUAAAUUAUCUGCAGAGAUUCUUAAAUACACUGUUCCAUCUUGCUAUCUUUAGCUCUCAAAUAACAAUGCUCUUCAAACACUGGUUCAUUGUGACAUCUUGUCACUUACUGUUCUUAGGAUAAAACACUUUUUUUCCUCUUAAUGAUCCUAAUCAAAAAUCCAAAUUAAGGUAGGCACUGUAUCCUUUACAUUGUGUUAACAGUAUGUUUUUUUGCACCUGAAAAAGUUGGAGUUAUUUCAUCUUGCCCACAAAAAUUUCAAAUUUGAACAUUUUGUUUAGUUGAUGAAGCAGACCAAGGAGCUGAUGGUGGUGCUGAAGAGGUGAGUUGAAGACCCUUUACUCACACUUUUAGUUAAUAUUAAGGGCAGGCAGAAGAUUAGAAUGAGGGAAUCCAGUUUGACAGUAUUUUCCAUAUCUCACACUAAAUUAAGAGAACAAAUACCCAAGUGAAUAUUCAGCUGCAGAGAGAAAAAUUGUCUCAAAUAUCUUGGGAUUUAAUUUUCAGAGUAAGACCUUAAAGGUUUUACAUUUACUUUCCAGUAGAAAGCAAUUUUACAUUUAUCUUCAAGGUUAUCAUCCCUUUGAUGUAAAGUUCUGUGUUGCCAAAAAAUUAAUUUGUCUGGCCUAAUUGGUUGUGCUUUGAGUUCUGUUUUGUGACAGUGCUCCAUUUUCAAGAUUACAUUCUGCCUGUAUAACAAAAUGGUUGGGACAGUCUGGUUUCAGAGGUCUUGGAAUUAAGACCCUCCUUGUCCACAUUGAAAUAACUGACUGUUUUUUCACCUGUCAGUCAGGAUCCCAACACUGUUAAUGUUCUAUUGAAUUUCUGCAGUUAAUUAUUCUCUAUGCGUGAAAAUUUGCCUGAAAUCAAAAAUAGCAAAUGUGCAGGUAUUUUAAGGAAGCCCUACUCCUCCCAGAAUCCCUUCCUUCCAGUUGUAGUUGUAUGACUGGUUCUCAUAUUUUUAUUCCUCUUGCAAAAUAAAGGUUACUAGUGAUGUUGAGAAAACAGAAGCAGAAGCAAUCACUGUUCAAGAAGAAGGUGCUGAAUGAUUUGAUCUAUAACACUUUGUGGCAUUCCCAAUCUGGGAGUCAUCAGUUCUAGGUGUAUCCCUUGGAUCAAUCUAAUGAUGGAUCUUGGCGCAAUUUGGAUUGAGAAUUAUUGGUAAACCAUAAAAGAAAAAGACAAUUUUUCCUAGUUUGUUUCUUGGUGUAGAUACUAAUCGCCAAAUCAGGGAAGGAAAAUUUUAGUUUAAGUGGUGUUACUUGGAUCUGAGUCAGUACUAACUUGGCUUGGAUAUACUUCUCUUUUUCUUAUUUACUUUUUAGACACUCCAGCAGUGAAGGAACUCAAAGCAAUCAUAACCUCAGCUCUUUCUGAACAGGUUCAACAAGUAUGUAUUCCUUCCAAACAAUCACAAAUGUAAAAUGAUGUGCAAACUUCUGUAUAUCCUGGAAUAAGCACCUGCACUUCAAAAGGUGUCCUCUGACAAAUAAGCACCCACCAUUAUGUCAAAAAAGCACCCCUCUCAAAUGAGACCCCCCCCCCCCUUCUCCCUCACUCUCUUAAAUAGUAGGGAUACAAGGAGAACCUGUUUCUAUUGCCACUUUAAUUACAACUUUUUAAGAUUCAACUACAGUGGAAUCAUUACAGGGGGAUAAUUUAUUUUCUGUCCCACCCAUUCCUAUCUCCUUUUGCUAGCAGAAUUCCUUUAUGUGUGUUAUCUCUUUUUGUUUUUGCCCUAUUGCUGGGCUAACUUAAAAAGAGCCCCUCUCGAUGGAGCACCCACUUUCCAAUAAGUACUCCUCUUUUAAGCUGAAAUUGUAAUUAACCAUCUGAGUGCAGAUUUGAGGAAAUAUGGUAUAUGUGAGGCACCCUGGGACAUGAGAUACCAGUCACGAUGGUGCUUUCAACCCAUACCUUGAAAACGUUGUUCAUGCUUCCUCUCUAAAAGAAAAACGAUUAAAAAAAAAUCAGUCAAGUCUAGGGUAGAUCUAGAAGUAUACUGGACAUGUGCCUAGACUGAGACAAUUUCGUGAAAAAGAAUAAAUGUUGUCAAACUAAUUUAUCUGUAAGUAGACCUAAUAACUUUCAGCAUAAACUAAAACAGUGGAUAGCAUUGAAGGUGUGCUCUGAUUGGCUACACAAACUCUGAAUAUCAUUGCUGUUCACAUCUGAAUUACAAGCACAGGAUUUUGCUGAUUUGUUUGAAACUCUUUCAACACUAACAAAAGCUUGGUGUCAACAUUUCUUUGUUGAGACAAGCAGUUUCCACAAAUGGAAUCUUUUAACACUCAAGUAACAUAGUAGGUAAGAUCAGAAGUAAGAGGUUACUGUGUAAUUGAUGGACACUGAUUACCUAAACAAAAAGAAUUAUACUUCACUUUUGUACAAGUCACGGAUGUGGACUUCUUAGUCUCCAAAUACAAGUAGUAUCUAGAGUGAGCCCUAUCCACUAAUAAUUCAUUUGCUUUCUGCAGCUGAAAACAAGUGUGGAUCAGCAAUUAAAAGCACAAGAUGAAGAAAUUGCAGUGAAGAUGGGCAUCUCUGCAGAUGUUUCCGGUCCACCAAAAAGUCCCAAAACAAAGAAAAGAGGAAAAUAGACUCACGACCUUUAAAUGAAAGGAUAGUGACCAUUAUUAGGUGCUGGCUGACUAUGAAGUUUUAUCUAGUAGUUAUGCACCAGUUGUGAUGAAAUUAUUGUCAAAAGAACCUCUGAUAAUGUUUGGCAUCACAAUUAAAGGUCAAUGCAUAUUUUUGUGUAGUUCAUCAAAUGUAAACAUAUUGCCAAAACUAGAUCUUCCCAGCCAAGAAACUUAGGAUAGAGUAGCUAGUAUGUAAAUAACGAUAGAGAAUGGUGGUUCCUUACCCUUGCGAAAUGGCUUUUGGAAUUCCUAGGAAUAAAGGUGUGAAUUUUCACGGUAAAUUCGGACUGGGAAUUCCUAGGAAUUCCUAGGAAUUCCCAACCAUAACAACUCUGGUUCUAAAAACCUAGAAAUUCCUAGAAAUUCCCAG